AAAUAAAACAUCAUAACCUAACUUAACCUGAAAAUCAACAAAUCAAAUGUUUGUAUUUAUUUUUUUGGUAAGUUUUGUGGAGUGUUAAUCGUAUAAAUGGUUCAAACUCGACAUAAAGUAUAUAACCAUGUCCGAACAAAUUAUUGAACUAUUGUUUUUCGAUACAUUUGCUCACGAUAAUACCGAGGAAAUUAAUUUAGACUUGGUGCAGUUUCCCAAACCUGUUUAUGUAACUGAGGUAAGAAUAAUACCUCUAGGAGCUAGAGUUCAGGCGGAUUUCCCAGGAGGUGUUCGAUUAGGAGCAACAAAUCCAAGUCAGUUCGAUAUUGAGUUUUUCGUGAAUGAUUUAGGUAAACCAGGUGCAAGUUCUUUCGAAACUUUAGGGGGAUUCAAAUAUGAUCAGAAUGGCUGCAUCAACCUCGAAUGCACACCUGAAGAAACUGUACGAAAAAUACCAACAGAUGGAUUGGUUCUCAAAGGAUGGUAUACCACAAUUACUCUGGCAGUAUAUGGUACCCUGACAAACAACAUAACCGAACCGAUAGUACAGCCAGUAGCGAACCCGUCCCUCCCAACCCAACCAAACACCAUUGCUGAUGCUCAGCAGAUAUGCGUGGUACCGCCCGUUGAAACAGAAUGGCAACCAGAAGCUAUUCCGACUGUUCCCGUAGAAUACAGUGCCCAACCUGCUGCUCCCUAUCAGGCUUAUAAUCCACCAGAACAAUACGUUCAAGAUUUUGAGUACUAUCCUGAUGUUCCAAAAGAUCCCAGGAGUUAUCAUCACACCCCAGAAACUGAGUGGGAGACCAAACCAAGGCCAAGGGUUUCAGAUACGGAGAGAGAUCGUAGCAGAGAAUCAACAUAUCAGAAACCCGCAGCUCCCGAACGAGACCAUGUCAGAUCCGAACCUGCCCGAAGCAGCCGAGAAAAAAGAUAUUCCAGAUCAGAGAGUAGGGACCAAGAGAGACAGCAGCGCGAAUACCGUGAAGCGGACGCCAAAGAAGAAGCCGACUGGCCCGACCACGACAGACAAGAUUACCGAUCCGAACGUAACGACCACGACUGGAGCGACAGAGACAGAGACCGCGGUCAUGACCGCGACAGAGACAGAAGCGAGCGCUGCUACAAACACGACGACAAUUACAGGAGGUCGUACAACCGCGGAGAAGACAGAGAAGAGCGCAAGCGCCCUAGGACGCCUCCGAUGCAAUCUCCGAAGCGUCCGCACACUCCACAAGUCGUCGAAAACGUGGAAACCGUGGAGGCGGUUCAAAGCGAGGUUCAGGAAGCGGCUAGGGGUGAGAAGGUUGAGGAGUGCGCUAAAAGCCCGGGACGUGAGGCUAAAGACGCGCAUACACCUCCUGCUGAGGAACCUGCGCCGAUGGGCGUAGAGGAGUUUGAGCCGAUCCUUAGCGACGAGGAUAUCCUGGACGACGGGGAUCACUACCAGGACUUGGAGUACGACUACAGCACUUACACGAACAAUGACGAUAUAAUAAAGCUGUUCGUUCCUGGAACCACCCCACUAUCAAAAUACCCUAAGGCAAAGAGCUUCACCAUCAAAAACAACUCCAUCGUCAUCGACGACUGUUUAAAAACUGCCAUCGGCAUAGCCGAUGACUACUUCAAGUCGAGUAUCACCAAGUACGUCCUCGGCACCUUCCACAAGCUCAACACCGAGAUCAAGGAGGAGUUUAUACACCUCUGCGAAAAGGUUACGCCCAUGAUAGGUUCUUCCGCGAUUUUCUGCUCUAUCGCCAAGUUGUAUGUCGAUACGAAGUCCAUGAAUCCUCAGAGCCUCAGUGCACAAGACAAAGAGCUGACUGAGCAAGUGCUCUUCAUUGUAGAGACUCUUGUGGACUGGCUCAAAGUUGCUCUGAGCUAUGAAAUGGCCCUCAUCCAAGACCAGCCAGCGUACAAGACACGUCACAUUAAGUGCGGCGUCCGGUUGGCCGAUUGGUGUUGCAACAGCAUCGAUUUUGUCAGGCUGCUCUGGCAAAAUGACUUCAACGUUCCCAACGCCUUACUGAACCUUUACGACCAGGAGUUCAUGGCGCUGUCUAUCAAGUUGAUGAUUCUCAAAGCGUUGGACACUUACCUGCAGCACAAGUUCGCCAUAGAGAAAUUCCUCCUAGGCGGAAUCGAUGACUCAAUCUGUCAGAAUGGUUUUAACGAUUCUACGCCGGUACCACACACUAAUGGAUACAAAGUAUUGGUGGGGUUCAUGCUACAGCAGCCACUUGCUCGGGUUAAGUUUGCUCUGACUUCCAUCUUGAAGAAGCUGAACCUAUACGAGAUUCUGCACAAGAUGCACUCGAUCCUGAUCAAGCUGCGUGAUGUGUCACACGAUAUAUCCGCCGAGGAGAUAAACCUGAUAACGAAGUCUUUGAACGAGGUGCUGAACUAUUGUCGAGCAGGCCCAUUUGUGCUGUCGCAGCCGAAGAGGUUCUUGCCAGUGUCUUCGCAGUUCGAAAUUAUGAGAAACUAUUCUUACAACGUGCUGGUCGUGUAUUUCAAGAUGUUCAACCUUCUCCAGUGUUUCGUCCUCCUGCUGAACUACCCCAGUACAAUGAACCUGCCGCUGAUCAAGACGCCUAUAUUCGAAAUCAUAUCCAUCUUGUUGGAUAAGUCCGAAGGGCUGGAAUACCUUUCCGAGAAUGUAGAAACCAUCACCGUCUUGCUAAAGUGUCUACUACGAACCGAUGAGGAGAUGCAGUACAGCGCAGCGGAGUUCGUCCUCAAAUCGCACCAGCUAGGACUCAAAAUCGCUUACAAGCUGCAGGCGCUUUACCACGUCGAGUUUCUCACUGCGAAUGGUAAACUUCACAACCUGGAUUGUGAUGCACCUGAAAUUAUUGACCACCUACAUGGCUUGCUCUGUUUGACAUUCUCGCACUUCGGGAAAGUAUCCUGCGCCGAGACCCUGGGGCUGGAAGACAACAUCCGCUGCCUCCUGCAAUUUUUGGAACCCGUCCUCGCGAAGGAGAAGACCGAAACGUUCGUGGGGCGCUUGAAAGACUCGGUUGGGAUACCGUACAUCGUGGACUUGGUGCUACUGGCUGUAGCUACCGUAUCCAACAUUCCGAUCCUAGAGAAACAAUCCAAGGUGCUACUGCACCUAGUCAAUCAGCAGGACGUGUUUGAGGACAGCGUAUGCUUGAAGCUGAGCGAACUGCGUUUGUAUCUAGCACCUUUGGAAAACGUCACUAAGUUCGCGUACGACGACAUAUCGCUCUUCGUCGAGGCCGUGGACAAAAGCGUGGAGAACCUGCCUUACACCAUGUCCACCGCGAUAACGGCCCUGAGGAUCAUCCAGCAUCUUGGAAUUUCCAAGCACCAGCCAUCUUCUUCAGACAAUCCCAUCUCGAAUUUUGUGGAGCUAAAGUACAAGCACGUUAUCCUGCAGUUGUUCUCUCUGGAGGGUACGACGAUCCUAUCGAAAGUGCUGCAGAAGAUCUGUGAUCAUUUUGAGCAGCCAAGCUUACAUUCUUCCUUUUUCGUUUCGCAGCAGGGUUGGUGCUUGUUGCAGGUAAUUCAUCCAGCCGUCCUGCUGCUGAAGCAGAUGCUUGCGUACGCCAUUCAAUGUCAGAACACGAACUUCAAGGAUCUCACGGCGAUAUCGGUUUUCUUGCAAACGCACAACCUGCUCAGCUGCUUCCCGCGGUCGUGUGCAGGAUACGGAUUGGCUCAGGAAGUAAGCGCUUGCAUAGUGGAAGCGUUGCUCGUGUACACCCAGCCCGUCUCGGAGCAAAUCAGCGAGAAGGACUCGCUGACUAAGGCUCUGUGGACGCAGAUGUGCGGGGAGGUGAUCAAGUUCGUCACUUUCUCUCCUCACACGUUUCUCUCCGGUUUGCUGGUGUUUUCGGAGCUGUUACCGCUACCCUUGCCCAUACAAACUAGAGACGAACAUACCGCGGAAGAAGUAUCGUGGGUGAUUAACCUGCGUAAGCUUUGGUCGGCCCACUUGCACCCGCACAGCGCUAUCAUCCAAGACAUGGUCAACAAGCUCUGUAUAUCGACGCAGCCGCAGUUGCUGAACCUUCUACGGCGCGUGUGUGUCCAGAUCUCCGAUCUCUCGGCAAAUUCAGCUCUGAUGAUCGCCCGGGGAGUUUUGGACAACGUCUAUGACGCGCUCAUCCCGAAGGAAGACGUCAAGAUGGGACCUUGCAACGCGCACAUCGCUAGGCUGUUGAAUUUCCUCGCCUGUUUAGUGACGCACAACACCAUCAAGUGCGCGGUUCUCCACUUAAUGCACACCAACAGCACGGUUACUCUAAAGACCGAGGAGAGGUACGUAUCUCUGAUACAAGCCUUUUCACAGGUUCUGAAGAACGAGAGCACCUCGAACAGCCACAUUCAGUCUCAGGAGUGCGUUCUGAGCAUCAUACAAAGUUUCUGCGACGUGGAAAUAACGCUGUCACAGAACACCGGGAUAACCUCGGAAGAAUAUUUGGCAAACGCUCUGCCAGUCAAAGAGCACCUCCUUAUGUUCAUACACAUGAUUUGGGAACACCUGACGACAGAUAACUCCUUCGUGACGUGCCUGCCUAUAUUCCGGACCCUUCUUAUGCUGACAGAGCAUGAUUAUGGGUUUUAUCACUUGAAGGAACACCUGCUGAAGAAGAAUGAUGCGUUUCUGGUGCUGUUGGAGAAGUUGGCUAACAAUUUUUCAAAAAGUAUUGCAGAGUGUUUGUCGACUUUGAACAUUUUGGUUGAGUUCCUUCGGGUAUGCGUUACGACUGAUGUAGCAGAGGAGUCGUUGCUGUACACACCAAGGAAAAUGACUUUGUCCGUUUUGGAAUUGAAAAAGCUUAUUGGGUGGCGGACGGAUGGCAAGCCGGAAAAUCAUCCGCUUUUGUCGCUCGAGACCAUCUUGAAGGCAGUCGUUGAGGAAGACAACACCUUUGAAAAUUUUUUGGAAGAUCUCACCUCACUUCUCAAAUUGCUUGACGGAGAUUCUUCAGAUACCAACAAAGAGAUGAAGGACACUUGCGUAGACACCGUUCUUCCAGUACCAGAAAGUUUGCUCAUCCAGUUCUCUCGUAGAACAAUAUUCAGUUCGUCUGACGCCUGCGACGAAAGAUUGACGGCCAAUUACUGGCUUGCCAUUCCAGCAGUCGAUGGUGAAACUGAUUCAGAAAACGUACAGUGUGAUAUUAUAGAAAUUUGUCGACAAAACCUCAGACCUGAAUAUAAUUUAGUCAGAGAAGUCGAAAAAUUGUGUAGGAUAUCAAGAACCGAUGGUCUCGAUGAUAAGGAGAAAAGACUAGAAGACGAGGAUAAAAUGAAAAAACCCUUCGUUACUCCUAUGAGAGCGAGAGGUUUCGCGCGAACUGUACCUCAGAGACCGGACCUAUUCAGGUCGAGACCUCCAAAUACUUCGAGGCCGCCGUCUCUUCACGUCGACGAUUUCGUCGCGUUAGAAACAUGCGGAGCGCAACCUACUGGACCUACAGGUUACAACAAAAUCAGCAGAGAGUUGCUGGCAUCGACGAGGGUCGCAAGAGUAACGAGGGGGCGCGCUUUUGUAAACUCUGAAAGAUCCGUUCAGUACCGACAAAUGCCUUGGUGGGGAGCUGGCAUGGGAAGAGGACCUUACUAAAUUUAGCAUAAGGAAAAUAAUUGAUUAUUCUUGUGAUUUAUGUUU